UGCAACGGGAUUCUAACAAACGUAAGCAAAACUGAUUAUAAUGGCUAAAAAAAAACGUUUGAAACAUGUACGAGGUACUUUUAAAUAUCAAGAAAAAAUAACAAUUUUAAGUACUGAUUGUCCGUUUCAUAUUUGUAUGAAACGGGCAGCUUCCUGCUUGCCGUAGUUGUAGCCGGCUACGUUGGCAACAUGGCGACUUCGGAUGUCCACGUCCGAGUGUGUGAGCAAGAAAUUCUCAAAUAUGACUUGGAAAUCAAGGCUCUCAUCCAGGACAUUACGGAGUGCGACGGCCCUCAGAGCAAGCUGACAGAAAUAAACACAGACGUGAAAAAGCACUUUCACAACCUCAGAUUAAGGAUUCAGGACUUUGAGCGGAUGGCGAUGGAGCAAGACAGAGAGUCGGACAAGCAGGCGUUGCUCAGUCAAGUAGAGGGACACAGAAAGCAGAUGCUGAGCAACCAGACGGCCUGGAGGAAAGCCAACCUCGCCAGCAAACUGUCCAUGGACAAAAUGGAAAAGCAGGCGCUGCUUAAUGGAGCCGAUGGCGCUGUGAGGAAGAGGAAGAUGACCAAAGAGGGCCUCGCCCAAAGUGCCGGCGACAUUACAGAGAAUCUCAUGAGCAUCAGCCGGAUGAUGGCCCAGCAGGUUCAGCAGAGCGAAGACUCCAUAACAACGCUAGCAACCUCGUCGAGAACGAUUCAAGAGACAAACGAGGAGUUCAAAGCCAUGACUGGCACCAUUCAGCUGGGCAGGAAGCUCAUCACCAAGUACAACCGCAGGGAGCUCACUGACAAGCUGCUCAUCUUCUUGGCGUUGGCUCUGUUCUUUGCAACGGUUCUCUACAUCCUCAAAAAGAGGCUGUUCCCUUUCUUAUAGACCAGAAGCUUCGGAGGAUCCCUCCUGAAUCCAGAUGCAUUUCCCUCCAUAGCUGGCCUACAUUCGCUGUGAAUCCCACGCUGCUUUGCUCUUACAUUUGUCACACUAAAGAAAACAAUGCUUUAAAUGUAAAUCUGUGGUUUAAUGACCAGUUAGAUUGCAAUGUGUUUAUGCGUCAUUAUUUCCAAGUGUCUGUUUUGGUUCUUAAAUUAUCUUAGAGGUGUAAAGACCGUGCAAAUCACAAGCAAAACGCAUUUUUUAUUUUUUUUUUCUCUCCAUCAGACAAUUAGUCUAUAGUCUGAUAAAAGUUCUGAAACUGCAAUAGUUUGUAAUAUUGUCGAUUAAUUUUAAAUGGUAACCUGACAUUCACAUGCAUGUGCAUUUUGGAAGCAAAUCCAGAGCUGAAUAUUUAUGUGCAGCUGAGUUUGUCAGUUUUUAUUAUGCAUUAAGAGAUAAGCAACUUGCCGAAACACUUGAACCUUUUUGUGUCAAUGCUGUUCGUCACCAACUUCUGUAUAAUUUAUCACUGCUAAAAAGUGUCCUGAUUUUCUGAAUUGCCAUGUUGAAUAUUGUCACCUUCAUAAAAUAAUGGCUUAAUUCAUUUAUUCCCAAAAGUGAUUUUUGACAAAAAAAACCCCAAAAACAUAAUACCUCUUUAUUGGCAGAAGAUGAUUUAGGCAAGAAAAGAAAAAAAAUAAAUAACUUCUGGCGAAAAAAGACACGGACCAUUAUUUUAUGAAGGUCACAAAAUGUCUUACUUCAGGUCCUGUUCUCUGUUUAUUUUUUAAAUCUAAAUUUUUUUUUUGAGGGACCGCACUUAUUUCAGGCUUCAUUCCUGCUUCAAACUUAGCAGGGUUUUUUUUUUUUUUAUGUGCUGCUCUGAAGCUCCGUAAAGCAGCAGCAGCGCCGUUCACACCGGCAGAGAUAGAGCCACAUUCAUCCGCUGCCUUUCUGCAGAUAAGACCCGGAAAAGCAGAUUAUUCCGACAGACCCCCUCCUCUGCCCUCUUAUUCCAGUGUGGGUGGUGGAUGAGUGAGGGUUGGUAUUUUUAGGUUUGUGCGCUGCCGUUAUCUGACGUUGCCUUUUCAACACCACAGAGGAGAGGAUGGUCAGAGAAGCUGCAUGACCUUGCUGGCCUCUGUGCAACUGCUUUCCAUUGCCUAUUGAUUUAUCAUACGAAUUAUUUAAAUUUUUUAUUAUUAUUGUUAUUAUUAUUUUUGUUACUGGUUUUUAAUAAACAUUAAUUCUACCUUA